AAGGCUCUUCAGUUUGAUUCCACAAAUUACUCCUUCAAAUUUUUGAUGAGAAAAUGUUAUGGGCCCAGAAAUAAUGGGUUCAUGUCAAACUCAUGACUUUGCAAUGCAACAUAUUUUGAGAGAGAAACUUCCCUAUCACAUGUAAGCAGCCUGAGUUGUGGUGGAGAGGCUUGUAAUUAUCUUUUCUAAAGAAAGUUUCCUUAAGAUCCAUAUAGUACUGAUGUGGGCAGAGUUUUGAAUAUACCCCAUGACCAAAACUCAUUUCAGGAAAUUAAAAAAUAAAAUAUUAUUUUGGAACUUAAGAGCUGGGAAGUACCUUCAGGAUCAUUCAUGUUUUUUUUUGUUUUUUUUUUUUGACAUAAAACUCUAUUGCUCUUUACAAAUUGCUUCUGGGUGUAUCACUUUUGACAUUAUGCUACAUUCAUUUGGAGAAAUAGCCUGGUUUGUUUGCUCUUUGUAAAUAAGGGCAGGGUUUAUUGUGUAUCUUGAAGCCUAUUGAAUUAAUUCAGUGAGAUCAUGUUCUCACUACAGAGCUCCAGAAAUAGGCCCGCUGCUGUCAUCUCUGUAUGGAAACUCUCUGGAGUUUCUCAGUUUGAUGAAUUUGGUGAUUAAUUGCAAAUUCUGUUCUUUAACAUCUUGGCAGUAGAUUUAAGGGCUUUCUCCCUUAUGUGGUUCUGAAAACCUGCUUCCCAAAAGAAUAUGCAUCCAGCCUCAAGAAUGAUGACUACAAAAUCCCAGAGUGGGUCUCUUUAUUUUAACAAACAUUUAUAAGCAUCUGCUAUGUACAAGGCACUCUGCUAGCCAAUAGGGAUAGAAAGCUGUUCCCUCAGUACAUUCUGUUCAGCCAUGAGUAAACAUUUAUUAAGUGCCUCCUAUGUUCCAGGUGCUGUGCUAAGUGUUAGAACCACACAGAAAGUAAAAGACAAUCCCUGCCCACAAGGAGUUCGUGGUCUAAUGGAGGAGACAACAUAUAAACAACUAUGUACAAAACGAUAAUCUACAAGAUAAUUUGGGGGAAGUCUCAGAGGGGAGGCACUACAAGGAAGUAGUACACAAAAAUAUAAAAUUUAAGGAAAGAAUUACCAUAUGGCUACAUUCUACCUUCUCUGACACAUUACUAUCCUUCAGUGUACUUUGUUGUUGUUAUUGUUCAGUAAUGUCCAACCCUUUGUGACCUCAUUUGGGAUUUUCUUGGCAAAGAUACUGGAGUGGUUUUGUCAUUUCUCUCUCCAACUCGUUUUAUAGAUGAAGAAACUAAGGGAAAUCAGGGUUAACUGAAUUCUUGGCAAAGAUAGGACAGUGGUUCAUCAUUUCGUCUUCCAGCUCAUUUUAUAGAUGAGGAAACUGAGGCAAAUAACUUUAAGUGACUAGCUCAAGGUCUCACAGCUAGUAAGUGUUUCAGGCCAGAUUUUAAUUUAGGAAGAUGUCUUGAUACUCUAUCCACUGGACCACCUAGCUGCCCACUUCAGUACAUUCUUCUUUCUGGCCAAAUUGCCCCAUUUAAUACCUUUUACAUGUUUAUCUCCCACCUCUGUGCCUUUGCAUAGACUUUCUCCCUCCAUACCUGGAAUGUACUCAGUUUAUAAACUCAGCUCAAGUGCCACUCCCUACAUUAAGACUUUUCUACUGGCUUGAAAAUUACCUUGGUUUUGCUCUGUGUACAUUUAGUGUCUAUUUGCAGAGGUGCAUCUUUCUUCUAUCAGAAUAUGAGCUCCCAGAAGGCAGAGACAGUUUUACUUUUGUCUUUAUAUCUUCAGCACCUAGGACAGUUCUAGCACGUAGUAGGUACUUAUUAAGUUCUUUUUGAUUGAUUGAUCUAAGUAUUCUAGGAAGACUGGUGGAGGAAGAGGAAAGAGGGAGAGAGGAGAGGAGAGGAGAGAAGAGAAGACAAGAGAAGACAAGAGAAGAGAAGAGAUGAGAUGAGAUUUGGGUCUGUGCCUCAUCUUUGAAGGAAAAUGCUGAACUGCAGAGUUGAGGAAGUAUAUACUUCAGGUACAGUAGAAGACUCAUAUGAAUAUAAGGAAGUAGGAGAUGGGAUUUCAAAUUUGGGGAACUAGUAGUUCAAAUAACCUCAGUUGGCUUUAUAAGCAAAUUGAGCUGGGACAUGGGUAUGGAGUAAUGUGAAAUUAGGCUAGAAUAAUAGGUAAGUUGGAGCUAGUAUGUGGAGGACUUUGAACACUAGGUUACAUGUUUAUGCUUUAUGUUAGAGACAAUAGGGAGCCAAAGAAGGUUCUUGAGCAAUAGAGUGAUGUGUUCAGAACUGUGCCUCUGGGAGGAAAUUUUGGCAGCUAUUUAGAAGAUGGAUUGAAGACAAGAGAUUGGAGAUAGAGAAUUCAAGCAUGAAACUUUUCCUGUGUAGUCCAGACAAAAUGAGAUGAAGAGUGCCAAAAGAUUCAGAGAUGGAUAUGAGAACAGCUCUUGGGAGAAAUAGAUUGCUAAAACCCAAGAAAAAGAGUUGAAAGGCACCUCAGAAAUCAACUGAGCUCUCUUCUAUGUGAAUGGGAAUUCUCUUUAUGGCAUUCCCCAGCACAUGGUCCCAAGACUUUGCUUGAAGAUUUCCAGUGGGUCUCCAAUAUGACUGCUUGAGGAAGGUGAUGCCUUGACUGGGGCUGAAGUUUUGGCAAUGCCUGUGAGAGGAUAAUCACCAUCAUCGCGUUCCUGAGAUCUACAGACCAGUUUGAAUGUGAAUUGAAGCAGGCUUAGGAGCAGAGUACAAAGAAAUAGUGAGAGAACCUAGCAGAAUGAGACUGUCCAAGGAAUCACUAUUGGGACCUGUCUACACAAGGCAGCUAUCCUGGCAGGCAGUGCUUGUCUCUUUACCCCUUUGGUGCUUCCUUUGGAUUAUUCCCACUCCAUUUCCCGGCAUGAUUAUCUGCUGGGCAAGGCCUGUUGCAGCCUCCUUACAGUUUGACUUCUACUUCAGGUAUUGAUUAUCUUUAAACUUUCCCAGGUGCCUUUACAUAAGAGCACUUCUUCUACUGCCCAACUGUUGGUGAAGAAAGAUGACCUGUAUGGAAAGAGAUUGCAUAAUAGAAGAACACUUUCUGCCUUGAUGUACUAUAUAAAAAAAGACAACCUCUAUGCUAUAUUAUUUCAGUAGAAAAAGAGUGCUAGGCUUAGUCAGGAAGCCCUGAGUUCAAAUCUAGCCCCAGAUGUUUACUAGCUGUAUGACCUUGGACAAAUCACUUAACUUCUGUUUGCCUCAGUUUCUUCUAGUGUAAAAUGGGUUGUUGUGAGGAUCAAAUAAGACAUAGCAGAGUACCUGACAUAGUGUAAGUUCUUAAUAAAUGUUAGAGAGUUCAAAUCUAGCCCCAGAUGUUUACUAGCUGUAUGACCUUGGACAAAUCACUUAACUUCUGUUUGCCUCAGUUUCUUCUAGUGUAAAAUGGGUUGUUGUGAGGAUCAAAUAAGACAUAGCAGAGUACCUGACAUAGUGUAAGUUCUUAAUAAAUGUUAGAACAAUGUGUUAAAGAUUUCCACAAUGAGAUCACAAUGAAAAAUCUAACAAUUGACUGCUAUAGGAGCUGGCUCUACCACACUCCUGGCACUUGCAGCUGGAGGGAUUAGAAAAUGUGUUAGUGCUUGAUCUGAAUUAUGAAGGAAACCAGAGAUUCUUAGAAAUAGAGGUGAGAUAGGAGAGCAAUACAGGAUGAACAACCAGUGCAAAGGGGCACAGAGGGAAGAUGGAGUUUUCCCUUCUAAAAAUUUUGGAGAUAGCUAGGUGGCUCAGUAGAUAGGGAACCAUGUCUGAGUAUGGGAGAUCCUGACUGAGUUCAAGUCUGAUCUCAGGUACUUCCUAGUUGUAUGAUCCUAGGCAAGUCACCUAACUCUCAUUACCUAACCCUUACCUGCCUUCUGCCUUAGAACUAAUACUUAGUGUUGAUUUUAAGUCAGAAGUUCAGGGUGGUUUUUUUUAAAUAAUUUUUUUAUUUGAAAGAGGAUCUUAGAAUUGGAAGUCAUCUUAAAAAUCAUAUUAAUUUUUAAGAUUUUAAGAAUCUUUAAAGAAUUCAAAUCUUCUACCCAGUGCAUGACUUCCUAGCAUAUAGUAUAAAAAAGAAACGUCUAAGAGUUAGAAUGUUAAUAAAGGUUUAGAAGGCAGAUUCAAACAUAAAAGAGUUUAUUGAAAACCUUCCUUAUUCAGAUGUGUAUGGCAACCUAAGCCUUCAAAUAUUUCUGAAAGUGGAAGAAUUUAUUCUCAGAGGAGGUUGCUGACAUCCUGUUGGGAUACAUGGGGAGACUGGAUAAUGCUGACCUGCAGGAAAUGCCCCCUCUUAGACUCAAGGAACUAUAGAAUCCAUUGUUUCUUUGGGAAAUGUUUUGGGGGUUUGUUUAAGUCACUCGAGGGCUCAAAGUUGACUGUACUCAGAAGCUCCUAGACUGUUGAAGUUGCUGAUACUCCUCAGUAUUCAGAAUCUAUAUUUAAAAAUGUUGCUUUUUUAUUGCUUAAAUAUUAAAAUAAGAGAAAACUUUCUCCUUCCCAAAGCUCAAAUGUAAAAUACAUGAACACAGAUGUAGUCAAGUAGGAAAUUACUGAAUGUUUAAAUUUUUUAAAAAUUAUUCGUUCCCCCAGCUCCUGACAAAGAAUAUUGAAAGUAAUAAUUCACUAAGACUUUGUGCAACUCUGUCUCACUUAAAUCCACUUCCUAUACAAGUUAAGACAUCACCCUGUGAUGUCAUUGGUCCUCUUUGAAAAUGAAUGACAAAACAAUAUAAACUAUCCACUCUGUGCUGGCUCAGUGUUAGAAAUGGAGGAUACAAAACCAAAAUGAAAGUAGAUAGGGCUGGUGUGGAGGGAACGAAGUAUGAUCUAGGACUGGCUAGACUAGUAGGCAGUGUUACUCAUUGACUUCCCAAUAUGAGAGCUUGACUUCCAGGCAUAUGCAAAUCACAGAAACCCAUAAGGAGAGGCUCUGCUUGGAAGAAAUAAAUGAAUUCCUCUGUGAUUUCCCUCUUCCUCCUAUCACCUGUGUUCUCAUCAUCACUAAGAAACAUUUAAGAUCCCACUUGUUCUGGGUGUUGUGCAGAAUUGAAAUUUGUUGAUGUGCAAUUAAGAGACAUGUGGAGAAUGUGGGAAGAGAUUUGUGGGAAGAGAUUUGUGGAACAGGCAUACAAAAUAAGGCAUGUGGAAAGAAUUGACUUAUUUAAACCAGAAGGGAGGCAUAGCCAAGACGUCUGAAAAUUCUGAUUGUUAGGUAAUGGUUAGGGAAGGUGCUUAAGAAGGAAAUGGGAAGUAGCACUUCUCCCUCUCCAGGGAAACAGGCUUAAAAGUGUUGAUUUAAAUUGAGUGACUGGGAUAGAGACAUGGGAAUAUUUAGGUUUUUCUUCUAAAAUUCUCCUUUAGUGCGUCCUUAUGGCAUGGAGGUGACCCUUGUUUCUGGAAGGCUCUGUCAGCAAAGUACAAUUGCCAGUAGGUUCUACUAAGCUAGAAGGGUUUUGAGGACAGACCUUGGGAUGGGUAGUAUUUGUCCUCUCAAGACCAGCCUAGAUGGGAACCCCCACCAAAGAUUGGCUACCAAGUGAUGAAUGGGGAGAAGGGAGGAGAGACGUCAAUUCAUGAAACUACCCACAGAACAGGAAAUAGGGGUCAAAUUUUUAUGUCAGUAGGAGAGCUUGACUCAUGAAAUCAUUGAUCUUUUGAGGUAUUAAAGUAUAUUUAGAUUAGAUGUAAAAACUGAUUUUUAAAAUGGUCAAAAUAAGGAAAAAAAAUAUCUGUGAAGGUCUUAGAUACCCAUCUCUCUGGGGUUAGACCUGCCUAAUAUCCAUUCAGAUUUUCUGCAGUUUUUGAACUCAGUGGCAAUUCCCCAUCCUCAUUCCUUCCGUCAAGGAGCUUACAUUCUAAAUAGGGAAGACAACAAAUUCAAGGGAUCUAAAAAGGAGAAGGUACAUUUGAAGUGGCAUAGUGGCAAAGUCUGAGCGUCAGAAGCACAGCUAAGAGGAGAAUAAAGCUGGCCUGGCUGGGACCAUGUCCAGAAUGGAAGCUUCUGGAAGGAACUCAUCAUUGGAAGAAGGAGGGAUAGGGUGAGCAUGGCAGAAGGAUAUUUGUGAUGGAGAAGACCCUCCAAACAAUAAGCUCGGAUUCUGAAGGUAAUUUUGAGACUCCUGAAGCGGAAACACCUAUACGAUCACCUGUAAAGGAGCUCUGUGAUCCAUCCCUGGGAUUUGAAACACCUGAGGCCAAAAAUCAAGGACUGCAGGAAUUUGAUGAACAGCUGGUUGCUGAAGUACCUGAAAAUCAUUCCCACGAGGCAUGUCCCGGGCCUUCCGAGAAUGAGGCGCCACCACACCUCCUGGCCUCUCUUGCCGACAAGCAUGCUAGUACGGAAACUGACCUUGAAAUUGGCCAAGUGUCCUCAGUGAUGCUAUCGCCUUUGGAUGCUAAGAAGCCUGAAGAUAUCCCUGAAGUUCUUGCAACUUCUGGUCAGGAUUUGUCCUCCAAUGAAUCAGCAGCCAUACAAGACAACUUCUUGGCAGAAGACGAUAUGGGACUCACCCCAGAGGCUUCCAAGGAUACCGAGUCAAAGGCCAAAACCUUGCCUCCAGAAUCAGUGUCCAGCAGAAGCAAGCUUCGGAAACCCAAACCAGUCUCGCUAAGGAUGAGAACAACUGGAGGAGAAUCCUUAGAAACUGAUCCUGGUGUGGAGGACCACCCAAUCCCCAAAGCAUCCUAUCAGUUCAAUCCAGAUGAGCUUGAUGAAAGUACAAAUCCUUUCAUGCUAGGAGGUUCCAAGAUCCCCAAUUCUCCUCUUGCAGUGAAGCAAACCAUAAGUUCUUCAAAUGCAGAUCCCAGUGAUUCAGGGGUGGAACUGCUGGAGGAAUCCAGGGACUCACCUUUGAAGCUGGAAUUCGAUUUCACAGAUGGCUUGGAGGGCACCGGGGUUAAGAAGCCCCUUCCUAAGAAACCUGCACCUGGAGGCAAGAAACUAGUUAGCAAGUUGGCUGUGAGGGCACAGAAAGAUGGAGUUAACAAGCCAGCCAUGGUCAAAAGUUUGGAAAAGCCUGCAGGCCUAGUGGAAGAAGAAAUUCCUGUCCAAAAAGCCUCCUCUAAGCAAGAGCCCAACCAAUGGGAUGACCCAAGCUUUAAUGCCUUUGGGAGCAGCUCCACGUUGCAGAACUCCCCACCCCUCCCAAAGGGGUCAUAUCACUUUGACCCAGAUAAUCUUGAUGAUUCCAUGGAUCCCUUUAAGCCAAUGAAGACCUUAAGCAACUAUGGGCCAGCUAAGUUUUGCUCCUCAGAUGGUAAUCAGGCUAAUGAAAUCUUAGAAUCUCAGCUGUAUGAAGUACAGGGUGAGGAAGUGAAGAAAGGGGCAGCUUCCCCCAACAAGGCAAAGUCUCGUUUGAUAACGAGUGGCUGUAAAGGAAAGAAGUAUGAAACUCAGUCACUUGGUUUGGAUGUGUGUUCUCAGGAUAAAGGAGCCAUUAUCUCCCAGAUCCCAGACAUUUCAAAUAGGGAUGGCCAUGCCACCGAUGAAGAGAAAUUGGCUUCUACGUCGUCCAGUCAGAAACCGUGUGAGGCCGAGGUGAAAGGUGAGCCAGAAGACGACGUGGAGUACUUUGAAUGUUCCAAUGUUCCUGUGUCUGCCAUAAAUCAUGCGUUUUCAUCCUCAGAAGCAGGUUUAGAAAAGGAUACCUGCCAGAAGAUGGAGAAGGAUGGUUCCAGUGUCCCGGGUGUGUUUGACCUUUGCUCGACAGAGAAAGUCCCUGUGUCUGUGGCCUGUGGAGAUGAAAGUCCCCUGGAUAGCAUCUGCCUCAGCGAAUCCGAUAAGACUGCCGUCCUGACUCUAAUUCGAGAAGAGAUAAUCACUAAAGAAAUUGAAGCAAAUGAAUGGAAGAAAAAAUAUGAAGAGACCCGACAAGAAGUCUUGGAAAUGAGGAAAAUUGUGGCUGAAUAUGAAAAGACCAUUGCCCAAAUGAUUGAGGAUGAGCAGAGGACAAAUAUGACCUCUCAGAAGAGCCUCCAGCAGCUGACCAUGGAGAAGGAGCAGGCCUUGGCAGACUUGAACUCUGUGGAGAGAUCCCUCUCUGAUCUAUUCCGGAGAUAUGAGAACCUCAAGGGAGUCCUUGAAGGGUUUAAGAAGAAUGAAGAGGCUUUGAAAAAAUGUGCUCAAGACUACUUAACACGAGUCAAACAAGAAGAGCAGCGAUACCAGGCCCUGAAACUGCAUGCAGAAGAAAAACUAGAUAAAGCCAACAAAGAGAUUGCUCAGGUUCGGACAAAAGCCAAAGCUGAAAGUACAGCUCUCCACGCUGGCCUCAGAAAAGAGCAAAUGAAAGUGGAGUCUCUAGAAAGAGCCCUUCAGCAGAAGAACCAAGAAAUUGAAGAACUGACAAAGAUCUGCGAUGAGCUUAUUGCGAAGCUGGGAAAGACUGGUUGUUAGUCCAGCGUCUCCUCCCUUGGCUGCUUCUUUGUGACUCCCAAGUAUUUUUGCCUUAUCCUGGAAUAAUCUCCCCUUAGCAGAGAAGGGCACAUGCUUACUGCUCCCUGUUCUGCUUUGCUGCAGACUCAACAGCCCUGAGAAAAAAGAAGGGAAAAAACAAACAAACAAACAAAAAAAACAGGAAAACCCCUAGAGGUCUCAGGCCCUUACAGGGACUGGUAUUUUAUGGUUCUUGAGUCCUUUUUCAUUCGUUGGUAGUCAGGUUCAACAAACCAGGAGGCUGACUGGUAGGUUUACCUUCCCCACCCCCCACCCCCACUUUGUGGGUUGUUGUGGUCUGUGUUGUACAGCCUCAAAUCAGAUCAUAAUUUCAGUUUGCCUUCUGAUUAAUCCUUUUCUCUUUUUAAGAUGGCUUAACUUUGUUCUUUUGAAAGUAGUUUUUAUUUGAAGGGAGCCUCUAACCUGCUGUUCAAGUCCAGAGAGGUUCAGUUUGGGCUGGGUUACUGCUGAGUACCCCUGAUUGCUCUAAAGGACUUGAGGCUGCUGCUCCCUCUUCUGGGAAACCGCAGAACCAGGUGGUAGGCCUAGGAGAUGUCCUGGGAGGCUCCUGCAGGAGGGAUGGGCUUCUGAACAGCUUUGGCUGCUUCUGUUUUCUUUUGAAGUAAGUUCCUUUCUUUGUCAAAGUUCACGCUGAAGAAUUCAGGAAGUCAGCAGGAACGAGAUGUUCUUUUAAGGAAAGAAGCCCUUGCUUGGUGGUUUUUGUUUCUCCUUUAUUGCUAUCUUAUUUCACUUCUUUACCAGGUGUGAGGACAGGCAUUUGCUCCUUCCAAAGUAACUAUACUGGUUACAAUGCCAGAUUAUUUGGGUAGAGACUCUUAACCUUUAGCAUGGUGCAAACUGGUGACCCAUUUCUGGAUAUGAAAACAAGAUUAAUUUUUCCAUUUAAUUUGAAGAAAUCAAUUGCCUUUUCAUUUGAAUUAUGCAAAUAACAUCCCCAUAGCAAAUAUUUAAAUAAUACUAAUCCAAUUAGAAAGUAACUAGGUUUUCACCACUACAACCACCACCUUGGGAGAGAGGGCUUAGAAGGCGAAAUUAGGAGAAAACACAUUCAUAUUUUUAAAAUAUUUUAGAAGUGAUUCAACAUACUUUUCAAGAAUUCAGUACAAAAUGAUGUACUCUGAGAAUCUGCACCCUUUGUAUUACUGUUUGGAGGGGGGAAAUCCUAAUUUCUAUGCUACUUUAAAAACUAAAGGGAGGGGGAAUUUGUAUUGACAGAAUCUUUUUGUUGCCUUUAAAUCAGCAUGUGUUUUUCUCCUUGGCUCCUGGGUGGGAGUGUUUAGUCUAAUACCAGUGAACUCCCUCCUAAAAAGCUAAGCCAGUUCCACGCAGCCCUUUGAAAUCUUGUUUUUGCUUGAACCUAUCACCUGCAAGGACUUCAUUGUGAUAUGUGCAGUAUUUUGGGUAUAUGGUGUUGUCAUACUGUACUUUUAAUCCUGUUGCAUGAUCUAACUUCUGCAGUGAACAGUGGAGACCCUCCAUAAAUCCAAAAUUUGCAUACCUCUUUAUCACUGACCCUUUACACCAGUUCCACACUCUUCAGUCUUGGCUUAGUGUUUCUUUGAAAGCUGCAAGUCCUAUUAAAAUAUAACUCCCAUAGUUGGUGCUUAGGUUGUCUUUUGAAAGCCUCUUCCUGUCAAGCAGCAGCAAGGAGAAAUUUAAAGAAAAAAAAAGCAAAAGAAAAAAUAAUUUUGGUUUGCUCCAUUUAGGACAAUCAUUUAGACUUUGGAAAACCGUUAUCACAGCUUAAAGGGAUUUUGCCCCACAUCACAGAUACUGAAUGGAAGAGUUUCCAGGCAGUAGAAUAAUGCAUUGGUUUCUUCUUUGAGCUAUACUUCUAAAACCCUUUGCAGAAAUAAUCUAGGCAUUUAGGAAAAGGGAACGUUUACAGAAUCUUUUUGCUGCCAGCCAACAUAGAUAGGAAGUGUAGAUAGGAAAUGUCCAUGCCUGUUUGUUUGUUCUGUCUGUCCUACGCAUGAAGCGCACGUAGCAGUUUCACUGGAUUGUGCAUUCACGAUCUCAGUAGCCAAAGAGCACUAGUGCUAUGUGUUAAAUUGAUGAUGACAAUCCCCUUUUGGCACACAAGUUAAGCAAGCAGCUCUGGUUGCUGUUGUAUAGACUAGCAAAUAGAGGUACGGUGCAGGAAAUGUGAAAGGGCCCCAUUUUAAAAAAAGACUAACCUUUCAACUGUUGACUAAUACUUACUCACCAAUGCCCCAACAGCGCUGAAAGUUACACUUAGCUGGACAAUACUUUAAGUACCUUAGGCAUCUGGCCAGUCAUGAACCAACCAUGGGCACAGUGCAGGAUGUAGCGUUUGGGAGCAUAAAACAAUAAGCAUUGCACCCCUGAGGGCAAUAGCAGGGCCUAGCUCUCACCUUGGGCAUCGAUGAGGGCUAAGGGAACUAUAUUCUUGUAAGUAUUUGAAUGUCCAGUUGAAAAGAAAAUUCUGGGGCCCUCUGCUGUGCCACCUCUAAGACACUUUUGCAGUAGAUUUUGGAUAAUGCUUGGGAGGUAGGACUGGGACUUUGUUCUUUGGUUCUCAAGAAAUAUGUGUUUGACUUUGCCAAAGUGUAGCUAUUUUUAUCUAAAAAUUGUUUUUGUUGGAGCAUCUGAUGCCUCAUGGUAGGAAAUAUUAGCUUCUUCUUUUUUUUUUUUUAUAAUGGGGUUGAGGUUGGGCAGUAGUUGUCAGUGAUGGCAAACUCCUCCAGAGUUUUGCUGUAUUUGGAGAAAUGCCUUGAAAUCUGGCUGCAUGACUGACCUAUCCCCAAACUCCUUGUUCUGCACAAUUGGUCUGGAAAUAUUGAGAGAUGCAUUUCUACCUCUCUUCAACCCUGGCCCAAAUUAGGAAGUUCAGAAACACAUGACAGUGAAAAAUGAUGCGGGUUUUGGAAGCAUUCCAGAGUGUUACAGAAUCCAAUUUUAUUUUUGGGUGAUGGCUCAGGUUCAAAUCUCCCUUAGUCCAACCUAAUCUCCUUCCCCAUUUAGUCUAUCCUUUGUCAUUCAUCCCCUAUAUCGACAUUUAGAAACCAUAUAUUUCCCAUUUUAUUUAGAUUCAGAUUCAGAAUGAUGCACCAAGGUGUGUUGGACCGAGUUAUUUCCUGUCAGGUCAUCCUUUCACAUUUGCCUUUUAAUUAGUGUCCCAAAAGUCUUAGUUCACAGUUUUAAGCUUUAAUAACUGUGAAAUAAGAGGUAAAUAUUGGUAGCUAUUAAAUAACAUUGAAGAUUUGAUAUGUAUUAAAACUUAAAAACUGUAGUAAAGACUUUUGGGACACCAUACAAGUAAAAUAUUUUUAAAACCCUUAGCAGAAUCUAAGCCCAAAUCUUUUUUUUUUUUGCCUCUUAAUAAGAAUGGUUGGCCUUUAGAGUCAUUGUGACUUGGGGGGUAGAGGGGGAAACCUUAAUACAUCUUAUUGGUGAGUGCCAUUUUCUAAAGCCAUUUCCUCUCCAUUUUCACUGCUUGUUUACAUGACACACAAAGUCCUUAAAAUAGUUGCAGGUUGUAAUGACUUCUUGUUUCUCGAGAUGGCUCUCCUCACGAGCCCAAGGUCUUGCCCAGGAUUUGUGCCAUACAUUUUAAGUUUCUCACCUCAACUUCUUGGGUUACUCCCUUUCUUUUUCUGUUUCAAAUGAAAUUGUAAACUUUUUUGAAGAACCUUUUACCUUCACAGUAUUAAGAAAGUUUUAGUUGGCUUUCUCCAAGUGACAGCGUUAAAAUGUUAUGUGUUUUAUAGAUCGAACAUUAUCCACCUCAGGUAAUUACAAGGAGGAGUGGAGAAGGCCUUUGCUAUGGGUCCAUUAAUAGGGUUAGAAAGAUGCACAAUAGGCUGUUAAGCUUAAUUAUUCCCUUAAGAGUGAUAGCAUAAUUUGCUAUUUCCUUUGAAUGCAAGUAAAUUUUUAGUCAUGUGGCGCAUGCCGACCAGUCUUCUGAGUCUCUGCCCUUGCUGAAUGGAUAGUCAGGCUUAUCAGAGGUGCCCGCUUUUGUUUCUGGUGAAACCCCUCCCUGGGCCGGCUUCACCUGUGCAGGGCCCGCUCCGAGAAACACUGCUGGAGAGUCCGCAUCCUUCACGGGCGAGCUUCUCUGCGCUGGCCACGGCCUCUCCAUCUCACACGCCUUGUUUUCUGUUUUGCCUUAUCAGUCUGCCGUUGAGAGUUGAACUAGCGAGAUUCUACAGGCUGGCUUAUUAACUAGGGACCCUCCCUUGAGGGGCUUAUGGGAGGCCGGCAUGCAGCAGAGCCAUCUUUAUCCCUUAAUUUGAUCUUUAUUUUAGAGCUAAUAAAGAUUAGAUUAUCCUCUGCCUGAAGUGGCCUCUAGAAUCCGUCCUAAAGAUGUUCUCUGCCGGUUAAAUCAUUAGAUCGGUUUGACAAAAGUUCUGGGAGAGAUCCAGAGCUGAGCUAGUUCCUGCCCUCCCUCCCUGAGCUCUGGCUCAUGGCAGCAUCUUCUGUAUUUACUCGAUCAUUCGAAUGGGCCUGCAGACUGAAGGGUUGGAACUCCAAGCCAACCCAAGUUAACUAAGUCUAACCGGAGUCUUCUCUUCUUGUGGUAGAACCCAGAUGUCCCUUUUGAUUCUCAAAGGUGCCAGUAUGUUCCUCAGUGUUGCUGUCAGCACGCGUACGUUGCCAAUAGACUUCCAUAUAGAGUAACAUGUGCCAAUAAGUGACCACCCUAAUUGCACACUCGCUUCCGCUGUGCCCCUGUGACUGCUAUACAGUGAGUGAUUGAUUGCCCUCCCAGAGGGAGGAGUGAAAGCUGCUUGACUCCUACCAGGAUUGCAUUGUAUAUGUAAUGAUCAUCUACAUAAAUUUUAUAUGUACAAUAAUUUCCCUUUUUAUAUGUCAGGUAAAUAUUUGUAAGAGUUAUACUCACACAAAUGAAAUUAUUAUAAUGAGUACUAAUAUAUUUUUUUCAUGUUUCAUUGCCUGAAUAAAAACUGUUUAUCACUGUU